UCGAAGAAAGUUUUAAGAAAAAGACGCCAUUCGUCUGAAAGUGACGGGUCUGACAAUGAAAAAGAAGAAUCUAUGUAUGUUGAGAAAUUGGAAGAAAUUCGAGAAUUACAGAAAUGUCGUGAAAGACCAAAAGGUGUCAAUGCUGCCACACUGGCCCUCGGGAAAAAAAUACCCAAAACAGUAGAAUGUGAAACAAGUGACCCAUUUAAAAUGAAAACUGGAGGUUUUAUAGAUAUGAAGGCAUUAAAAGUCAAACCAUUAAAAGUGGAUGAUGCCCAGGCUAUAGGAACAGCGUUUGCUGCUGAAACUAACAGACGAGAUGAAGAUGCUGAAAUGGUACGAUAUGUAGAAGAUGCUCUGGCUAAAAGAAAGGGAGGUAAAUCUUCACAAGACGAAUCUGAGAAUUCACCAAGGCCAGAGAAGAGAGAAGAUGAAUUAUAUAAUUUACCAGACUAUCUUCAGAUUAAAUCAACAUCUAAGAAAUCAGAAGACAUGUUGUCUAAUCAGAUGUUAUCUGGUAUUCCAGAGAUAGAUCUCGGUAUUGAAGCUAAGAUAAAGAAUAUAGAACAGACGGAAGAGGCAAAACAGAAAUUAUUACAUGAACGUCGUAGAAAGAAAGAGAAGGAAGUCUCAGAUUUUGUGCCGUCCAAUAUGGCGGUUAAUUUUGUCCAACAUAACAGAUUUAAUAUCGACGAUACUGCCCCAAUAUUAAAGAAAUCAGAAAUCAAGCCAGAACCAAAACCAUUACGAGUCGGUGAUGUGGACUCACUUAAUAACUCAGAUUCUUCCAAAAAUAACAAAACAGAAAAAGCCACGGACGAUUUUCAUUAUGAAAAAUUUAAAAAACAGAUGCGGAAAUAC